UAAGGGUAUCAUCAAAUUUCUAUCAAGUGUUGACAAAAAAUUACUAGAUGCCAUGGAAAUGUUUGCGAUCAUAUUCUUGCCAUUAUUUUUGUUUAUGUAUUUCGCAACUCAAUAUCUGCUCAACAAGCUGCGAAAUCUGCCGCCAUCUCCAUGGAUAAACCUCCCCGUCAUCGGCCACGUGUACUUGCUGAAGAAGCCUCUCCACAAAACCCUAACCGCCCUCUCCCGAAAGCACGGCCCGAUUCUCUCACUGCAGCUCGGAUCCCGCCGCGCCGUCGUCGUGAGCUCGCCGUCCGCGGCGGCGGAGUGCCUCUGCACGGCCAACGACGCCGUCCUCGCCAACCGACCGCGCCUCUCCGUCGGAAAACACCUAGGAUACAACCACACGAGCAUCGUGUGGGCCCCCUACGGAGACCACUGGAGGAACCUCCGCCGGAUCUCGUCGAUCGAGCUCCUCUCCUCUCAUCGCAUCCAAUCGCUGUCUCAGAUCCGAUCCGACGAGAUCCGGCGCCUCCUCCGCGCUCUCUACGCCGCCGAUUCGGGCGGCACCGUCGAGAUGCGGACGGUCAUCUUCGAGCUCCUGUUCAAUUCGAUGACGAGGAUGAUUCUCGGGAAGAGAUACUAUGGCCGGAACGAAAUCGAUUCAGAGGAGGCUAGGGAGUUUCGAGAGAUUAUCGAUGAGAUGCAUAAGGUUACCGGAAAACCGCAGGCGGUGGAUUUUUUCCCGUUCCUCAGAUGGUUCGGGAGAUCGGAAGAUCCAUGUAAAGGCGUACAUGAGAGAAGGGACAAACUAUUGCAGAAUUUGAUAGAAGGAAUUCGUGAGCGAAGUGAAAAACCGCAGGGGAAAACGAUGAUCGAAGUGCUGUUUUCGCUUCAACAAACCGAUCCUCAAUACUACACCGAUGAGAUCAUCAGGAGCCUCGCCGCGGUACUUCUUCAAGCAGGCAGUGACACUUCAGUGGCUACAAUGGAGUGGGCAAUGGCACUCCUACUCAACAAUCCAUCAGUCCUAAACAAGGCUCAACUAGAAAUACACAAUCUUGUAGGUGACAGCCGCUUGCUCAAUGAUUCUGAUCUACCCGAGCUUCCCUACCUCCGGUCCAUAAUAAGAGAAACCCUAAGGUUAUACCCCGUGGCCCCAUUGUUCCUUCCCCACGAAUCGUCUGAGGACUGCACUAUCGGAGGGUUCCACAUACCACGUGGGACAAUGGUGCAAAUCAAUGUGCGGGCUAUACACAAUGAUCCUGAGAUUUGGGAGGACCCCCUCGAGUUCAGGCCCGAGAGGUUUAUGCACGAGGAACGAGGCAUCAAUAAAGAAAGAUUGAAGCAUGUUCCUUUUGGGGCAGGAAGGAGAGGGUGCCCCGGAGAGGCCUUAGCAAUGAGUAUGAUUGGGUUGGGGUUGGGAUCACUUAUUCAAUGUUUUGAUUGGCAAAGAAUUAGUGGUGAUGAUUUUGAGGAUAUGAGUGAAAGUGGAGGAGUUGUUACAGCCAAGGCUCACCCACUCUUGGCUAGGUGUUGGCCUAACUCAACCAUGGUUCAUGUUCUUUCUCAACUUUGAUUAUGGUUUUAGAUUAAUAUAAUAGUAAGAACAUUAGUCCAAAGUAAAGUAGUCCUCAUAUCAAAAUACUCCUACUUGAUAUUACUAGUUUGAUUUCAGAUUUUUGUUCAAA